AUGAACGCGUACUGCAUGAAUAACUGGGACUGCGAGGGAGUCUACGUGUGCAUCUCUAUGAAGUGUUCAUGCCCUUCCAAGACGAUAUACACUGGAUUCGGUUGCCAGAGCGACAGAGAUUCGGGAAUCCAGUGCAGCUCAACCUUGGACUGCAACUAUUAUAACAAUACACAGUGCAUCAUUGAUGAAAACGGAACUUCUACUUGUGCAUGCCCACACGCGUUUCAAAAGUUUGAUACUGCAUCAGGGUGCAGGGAACGAGAAAGGUUUGAUGCCUGCGACAUGGACACAGAUUGCAAGCCGCCAACCACGUGUCAAGAUAUGGGGAGCGGAAGAAUGAUGUGCAUGGACGACAACUACAUGAACAACACAGGCAACUGGACAAAUGGAGGAUUUAACAACACAGGGAACUGGACAAAUGGUGGAUUUAACAAUACAGGAGGAAUGUUCGCGUACUGCAUGAAUAACUGGGACUGCGAGGGAGUCUACGUGUGCAUCUCUAUGAUGUGUUCAUGCCCUUCCAAGACGAUAUACACUGGAUUCGGUUGCCAGAGCGACAGAGAUUCGGGAAUCCAGUGCAGCUCAACCUUGGACUGCAACUAUUAUAACAAUACACAGUGCAUCAUUGAUCGAAACGAAACUUCUACUUGUGCAUGCCCACACGCGUUUCAAAAGUUUGAUACUGCAUCAGGGUGCAGGGAACGAGAAAGGUUUGAUGCCUGCGACAUGGACACAGAUUGCAAGCCGCCAACCACGUGUCAAGAUAUGGGGAGCGGAAAUAUGAUGUGCAUGGACGACAACUACAUGAACAACACAGGCAAUUGGACGACACCCGGACCUAAUAUGACAGGCAAUUGGACGACACCCGGACCAAAUAUGACAGGCGAUUGGACAUACGGAUCAAAUAUGACAGGCUGGACACCCGGACCGAAUAUGACAGGCGAUUGGACGACACCCGGAACAAAUAUGACAGGCAAUUGGACAGACGGAUCAAAUAUGACAGGCUGGACACCCGGACCGAAUAUGACAGGCAAUUGGACGACACCCGGAACAAAUAUGACAGGCAAUUGGACAGACGGAUCAGAUAUGACAGGCUGGACACCCGGACCGACUAUGACAGGCUGGACACCCGGACCGAAUAUGACAGGCAAUUGGACAGACGGAUCAAAUAUGACAGGCUGGACACCCGGACCGACUAUGACAGGUAUACCGGUUCCGAUUUCCCCGGUGGAUGUCGAUCUUGAAUGGACCUACAAACAGCAAACUGAUGGAUCGUACAAGUCGUUUGCAGAAUGCCUGUUUGAAAACAAGAAUGAAACGCAGUACUAUUUUGUGGGAUGGUACGUGGAUGCCGUAUCAACCCCGGUAUACAAGACAGGCAUAUCCAAGGCAAACGUUGCAGGCUUCAACGCUGUAUCCGUGUCCACUCUUAUUGUCGCCUAUCGCGCAACGUCAACGUUAUCUCAAACAUGUGCAAUUAAUCGCAGGUGGAAAUGUGCAGUGACUGUUGUUGAUUCCACCGGAAAGGCUCUUCUUCCUGCAGUAGCCAGCAAACAUGAGGACAUCAUUAAGAUUGAAACCACUUACGUAACUAUGAACCGAGGGGCAAGUGCGGAAAUCCAAUAUUCCGUCAACGUUCCUAUCCUGUGUCAACCCGAUAAACAAUGUGGAAUCAACGUAAAAGUGUAUGAUGAAAGUGACGACUACAAAUGCGAAAACUCGACCGUUGCCGUGCGGCACACAAAAAUGUGCGGAGAUGUCGUUUCGGGUGCCAAUGCUACAACGAAAUUAACAAACAGUUCGACGAAUUCGAUCAAGAUAACCACAAAGAACAACAACUGGUUUGAGCUCAAGGACAACUUUACGCUUACCAUGGAGGUUGAAGGCUUUGGAACAGUAGAUGAAUUUUGGGACAACUGUAAACUUGAUACGAAAGUCAAGGUCCAUGUCGAAGACUACAAAAACUACUGGAUGCAUAACUACUGUUACGCAAAUAACGAUCCCAGAAUUGGAACCUUCGACGGGGCAUACUUCAGCUUGAACAUGGCAGGGAACUAUACGCUGUACAAACACAAAACUCUUCCCAUUCGGGUCGAAAUAGAAACCGAGAUAUGCAAUGGGGUAGGCGCUUGUACAUGCGGUGUGACGGUGAAUGCGGGCAAAGACGUGUUCGCUAUCAACCACUGUGGGGGAUACCACAUGAUCAAGACGAUCCAGAACACAGAGAAGAUCAUGAGUGUUAGGGAACUCCCGGGGUACAUGCAUACUUUCUACCUUCCACAAGGCACCAUGAUUAACGUGGACUACCACGUGGGCGUGUUCUGGAAGACGAUGAACGUUCAGAUCUUCCCGUCUCCUGACGACAUGGACGACACCGAAGGACUUUGUGGUAACUUCAACAAUGAUUGGAAGGACGACUUUACCCACAGGAACGGUACUGUCACCGUGCCAAAGGGAGAAAGGUACUGGGAUUGGUUCUUCUCAUUCGAAGACCCGAACGAUUUCAGCGAGUCAUGGAGAGAGGAAAUUCCGUUAUUAAAAUUGGCCCAAGAUGGUAAUCUUGAUAACGUUCUUAAUCCAUGGGACGAUAAUGCCAAGUACUGCGUGUGCCCACUGGUGGGUGGAUUGCGUCAACCAAUGUGCCACAGGAAGGAAGACAAGACGUGCACAAAGUCAAAGGUCUACGCUGGCAAGGAGAAGGUGAUCAUUGGAGAGACGAAGCGGUCCGUGGAUAGCCAGCACAUGGACGACAUUGCGGAACGAUUGGGGAUGUUGGGUAGAAUGAGGGAGAUGAACAAACUGCAGCGCAAAAAGGUGAACAAUAUUAGAUGUAGAUCGCCCUGUGAAAAAACAGUGCUACGAUGA